CUUUCAGAGAUACGACGUACGAAGUGAGAUUCCUCAGCAGUGUACGAUCGUCGUUUGAUUGAUUUGACGAGGCCUACGUUUUUCCCGUCGGUACAUCCAUUGCGACUGAUGCUCUGGUCCCAAACUACUGCCUAGCCUAGCGAGACAUACUGGCUGUUUUUGUAGAAACACUGUGAUAUAAUCAUGAUGUGGAAACAGAUUACGAGUGAUUGACGGCAUACUGCAUUUAACAGUGAAUACUUGAACUUGUUUGCUUUCUGGUUUAUAGACUAAUUGUUAUAAUAAGUCUAUAUCAAAUUUCAACUUUUAAUUCUGUGACAACAACCUGUGUGUUGCCAUGACGAUGUCAAGCUCAAAACCAAUCAAGCUGAUCAUUGUCAUCUUUUUUCUUGGAACCUUACUGCUGAUUAAUGCUAAUACCGUUAAACCGAAAAGAACUUUAUCCUGCCAAUGUCUAAAGGGGAAAGAAGGUUGCACAGGCAGUAAAGUAUGUGAGCACAAAGAGUUGGAACCAGAACAUUGCUUUACACUCUGGAACCAAACGUCCGGGAAAAUUAGCUUGCAGGGAUGCUGGACCAAUAAGUGCACGAAUACAGACCAUUGUAUUAGUCGUGAGGUGCAACCAAAGAAUGGACACUUACUUUUCUGCUGCUGUUCUAAAGAUUAUUGUAAUAGUAACUUCACACACAUCCCAGAUCCUAGACCUUCUCCUACAGUUUUUGUUGGAUAUGGUGAAACAGAACCAGACGUUUUACCAGGACGUCAGAAAGACACUUUAAUUUUGACGAUGAUGUAUUCACUUCUGCCAUUGGCUGCCCUCACUCUGAUUCUAGUGGUAGCCUAUUGGAUUUGUAGGCGGCAUAAGAUCACCACGUAUCAAAUGGACUUGAAACAAGAACCACUAUUAAUACAUUCUCCUCCACCUGGUUCAGAAACCACACACUUAAAGCUGAUUGAAAUCAAAGCAAGAGGCCGUUUUGGUGCCGUCUGGAAAGCUGAAACAUCGGCAACGAGCAAUGAAUAUGUUGCAGUUAAAGUUUUCCCACUCCAGGACAAACUCUCGUGGCAGUUGGAACAAGAAAUAUAUAGCAUCCCCCACAUGGACCACCCCAACCUGCUUCACUUCAUCAGCUCGGAAAUGCGAGGUGAGGGUUUGAACCAAGAGUUAUGGCUGAUCACCGAAUUCCACCCUCAUGGCUCUAUCUACGACUACUUGAAAGCAAACACGCUCAGCUGGAGUGAAAUGUGCAAAAUUGCCGAAUCGAUUGCCCAUGGAUUAACCUUCCUCCAUGAGGAUAUUCUUGUAGCGGGGUCGGCGUGCAAACCCUCCAUAGCCCAUCGCGACUUCAAGAGUAAAAAUAUUUUACUGAAGAAUGAUAUGACUGCCUGUAUUGCUGAUUUUGGUUUGGCUAUUAAAUUUGAACUUGGAAAAAACCCCUGUGAUUCUCAAAAUCAGGUUGGAACAAGACGUUACAUGGCCCCAGAAAUUUUGGAGGGCGCAGUAAGUUUUCAUCGCGAUGCAUUUUUGCGUAUCGAUAUGUAUUCCUGUGGCUUGGUCUUGUGGGAGCUGGCAUCAAGGUGUAAACUGGAUGGCCCUGUUGAUGAGUACAUGUUACCUUUUGAGGAAGAAAUCGGAUUAGCACCCUCCUUGGAAGACAUGCAAGAGGUGGUUGUAGAGAAGAAAAUGCGUCCUGUGUUUCGUGAACAUUGGCUUAAACAUCAGGGGAUGGAGUCAUUUUGUGAGACAAUUGAAGAGUGCUGGGACCAUGAAGCCGAGGCUCGACUAUCGGCCGGCUGUGUAGAAGCAAGAAUAGGGCAGCUCAGUCGUACGGUAAACAUAUCCAGUCCCGUGACAUUCAUAGUCGAAGAGUUACCUCCCAAGGAGUCUAGCCUCUGAAAUAUUACAGCCACAUUAAGAGAGGAAUUGAACAAAAAUGUUUUUGCUGAACUUGAAUUUCUCCAAGCUUUACCUUACUUCUCAGAAAAGAGCAAUUCCCAUACCUGUGUUUAUGUUCAUUAAACCUUAAAGAGGAUGGAGAAAGAAAAAAAAAAAGAAAACCCCCAAAUGACUUGUAACAGUCAACUGUGGACAAAGCUAUAUUUUAUCUAGCAAGCUAAGGAGUCAAGUGAGCAUUUUAUGGACAGCACUUGAUGUAAAUAAUUACUAAUGGGGUUUAUUUUGUACAGUAUAUUAUUAAUUAGUUAGAGUAUGAAUGUUUAUAAACAGUGACAGAUAUUGUGGUGUAUUUGAGACAAUCUUAAAGUUCCCAUCAUGCUGUAGAAUGUGGCCACAAAGUAUAAAGCCCUGUCUAGACUAUCAAAUUUCAUUUGACAUGAACAUGGGACAAUCCUAAAUAUCGUCAUGAUGACAUCACAUCAUGACCAUAUAUAGGCACAUCAUGACUAUAUAUGGGCAUAAAACAGUUUUUUGUCAAAGAAAAUUGUAUAGUGUGGACAGUGCUCAGCUUGUGAAUUUAUGUUAAUUAGGGAUAAAAAAAUUGUGUAUUCAUAAGGUGGAUGCUGGAAAAUCAUGUGACCAAGUUAUAUUUUACUGAGCAACAUGUUAUCCAUUGGUUUGCCAUCCAACUUUUACAUUUGCAUUCUUUUAAAUUUUACUCGUAAGGUGUGUGCCUCAGCUUAAGAAUACCUUAGUACUAAUUCCAAUGCAUUUGAUCCUGUAAAGUAGAACCAAUCUUUGUAAGAGUAUAAUAUUAUUCUUUACCUACAAAACAGCACUUUGACAUCUAGGUAAUACUCUAAAUAUUUUUAUUAACUUCUCACUUCUGGUUUUCUGAGAGACUGGCAAAUGGUCAAAGUUGGAUAGAUUAAUCUAUUUAGAAAGGAUUCUAUAGUACAGAUAUGGAUGGAUAUCUAUAGAUGCCAGUAUGCAUGAAUGAGCACAGUUUUCAUCGUCCUAACAAAUAUUCUUAUCCAGUGACAUGUUAAUGCAAUGGAUUUGUAGGUGAUGCAGAAUACAAAUGAAAAUUUGUGAUAGAUUGCAAGGAGAUUAAAAUGUUAAAAGAAGCUGACACAUAUUACAACUCAAAUCCUAUUAAGUCGGUUUUGAGGGUGAAUAAGGGUGAAGGAAUGGGGCGUUAUUUAACAGAAAAACCUAUGUAAAUAUAUAAAAAGUUAUAAGUGGACCAAGAGUUAAAUUGUCCAUGCUGUAAGGCCAGGGCGCCACUAACUACAGCCUUUGAGUGUACAGUAUCUUCCACGCAUGAGGACUCGUACUUAAAGAAUGUUCUCAAAGGUAUAAAGUACACACUUGUAAAUGUUUACAACCAUAAAAUAAAUAAAACCAUAACUAUAUACGAGAAUGAUUCUAUUACAUAAUUAAGCCGCCUAUAAUUGUUAACACAUUACUUGGCAAGAUUGAGUAUAUAUUCGUAGUGGCAUGUGUUGGUGUGUUCGUCACUAUGACGGUUCUGCUUCACAAAUUAAGCCCUUUGUAUUUUUAUAAUGAAUAUGUUAACAUACAAGUCAGCUAAAAAGUCAGGGGGGAAAUCCAGGAUUUCUGGAAUUUAUAGUCUUGGGGUGGGGAAGGAGGUUUGUGAGAGGAUUCAUCCAUCUGUAUAGUAGAGGACCAGGGAGCUAUGCACAUGAAGGUCCAGAGGUUUCAGCCAUUUUAAUUGCAUAGCUAAAUGAUUUCACGCUUGGUUAGAUGUUUUCUUCACUGCUGCUUAAGGGCAAGCCUCCUUUGUCGCCCUGGAUCUGCCACUCUGAAUCCACCACCCUGGAUCCACCACCCUAGAUCAUUACACUAUACGCCACCCUGGAUCUGUCACUGUCAGCAACAACUUGGCUCUCAGGGUGCUAUUAUAACCUUAUACAGACUUACUACAACUAGUACCAAUCAAUCAUCUACCUGCUACUGUUGUUCUAGGAAUCUUGUAUGAGAAUAUGGUGAACUUUAAGCAAUUAUUAAUAUAUUUAUUAAUUCUUUAAGUAAAAAUAAAUGUAUUUUCCUUUAUUAAGAGGCUAGAUUGUAGUUUCUUUAUUCGUCUUGUGGUACGAGGUUAAAAGUUGGUAUCAUGGUUGUACUGUAUUCAAGGUUUAAUCAUCGCUCAUCAGUUCGGCAAAAUAGAUUUUUUUAGUGACAGUUUUUGAGUUGGUUUUAUAGGUAAAACAAUAAUUUUAGGCUUGUAGUUAUUUGUAAUUUUUUUAAUUUAAUUUCUACGUUAACAUUUCUGAAAAACUAAGCUUUUAACUCUUGGCUUCAAUAGUUAAGUACUGUUAGUAUACAAUUAUUAUCGUAUGUAUGUAUGUACUGUAUUUAUUUAUUUAUUUAUUGUCAAUCCUAUAUGUUAUUUUCUUUUGAUACCCAAGGGUUGGAAAAAUAAUCAAUCUUGAUAGAACAAGCAAUUUGGAAUAAUUACAGAUUCUGAGAGAAUAGUUAUUGAUUUCUUUUGUAUUUGGUAAAGAAUAAAAUAUACGAUACUAUUUAUGGCUAGUUAAUCAUUAACUAGUAUUUAAAAAAUUGUGAUUUAAUAUAUUAAAAUUGAGUUUUACAAGUCGUCUCGUAGUUUUAUAAAUGUAAUUUUUUUUAUAGGUGAUGCCGAAAGUCAGGACAUAAACGAACAUGAUAUGUCGUUUAUAGAAUGGUUGCAGAAUAUGUAGAUGUUUUAAACUGUUAACCAAUAAUGAAAAAUUAUGAUAAUUUAAACAGUUAUUGUUAAGAUAAUUUUCUUUAUUUCUCUUCGUUGAACUAUUUUGAUUUUCUCUUUAGGAUAUUUUUGAAUAUUUUUUAUAUUACUGUGCUUUUAUCUGAAUCUUUUUGAAUAUUAAUUUUUUUUACAAUUUUAAUAUCCAAUCAGUUAUUUAUGAUUACAAUAAAGAUACUGUAUUCUGAAUUUGAUUAACCCGCUGAAACAAUUAUGGGCGUUACGAUAACGUGAAACAAGUUAUUUUAACAAUGAAGUUAUCAAUCUGCUUACUUGUUAAUAUGCCAUCAUACAACAAAGCACAAUGCUGCUAACUAUCCUCAUUGUUCAUUAUAAUUUUUGUUGUGAUAUUUAUUUUUGUGUUUUCCAUUCUUUGUUUUUUUUUAAUGGUAAUCUAAAUUAAAAAUCUCAGCCCUGAAACCGUGUACUAUUGCUAAAUUUGUGAAUUAUGCAUUUUUAGAUAAAAAGUCAGUGGGUGGCCAUUCAAGCCCAAAUUUUCUAACUGGUUUGCCAGCCUAAAAGUUUGUGGAACGUGGUUCUAAAAUACUGCGUUGUCGUGUUAUUGUUUAUAUACUUAAUAUGUCCUCACCUUCGACAUAAUCCCUGAAUGCAUGAAACUGCGAGACAUCAUAUUUGUUAACAAUAAAUAUUCUUGAAUCUGAAAUUUAUGUCUUUUCUACCUCAUAGUUGAAUCUACCUUGUGAAUGUUGAUUUAUCACCAUGAUUUUAAUAUAAAUAUAAUUUUAGAGUAGUAAUUUAAUAAGUUGAAAUCAAUUUUUUUUUGUAGAAAAAUAUUGCUUAAAAUUCUUGGUAGUGCAGGGAAUAAGAAGCAAUAUGUUGAUCUAUAGGGCACAUUAUACAAUAGUACAUAUGAUGCCCCACAGUAAGUGAAAAAAAUUCAGCUUGAUGAGAUUAAAUUUAUUGUCAUAAUUCAAACAUGUGAAUGUGAAUUCCUGGGGCUUGAUGAAGUACAGUUUUUGUGAAGCAUGUACCGCUUUUGUUCGAAUAAUUGCAAUGCUACACUUUCGGUAGCACAGAUGACUGAUGAAUACAUACGAUGCUAUACUCGUUGAUCAUACUGUAUGAAUAACUGUAACACUAAACUUUAAAUUGGUAGCACAUAUUUUUAUAUAUGAAUAAGAAUGAUACUACAAUUGAAAUUGGUAGCACAGGUCUUUGCAUAUUAUGAAGACGAGUAUGCUACAUUUGAAGUUGGUAGCACCAAUUUCUCUAUAUUAGAAUUUCGAUGUUUACUUUAUAUACCGUAGUUGGUUAGCACAGAUAUUUCUGUAUGGUUGAUAAGUGUGAUGCUACGCUUGUAUUUUUGUUGCACAGGUCUUUAAAUAUGAAUUCAUGAUACUACAGUUAUAAUUGGUAACACAUCAUUAUGUAUAAAUAAGGGAGAUUUGCUACAUUAUUUAUACACAAUGAUUUGUGCUACCAAUUGUGUAUAAAUAAGGGAGAUAUGCUACAUUCUUAGUCUUCUGUCACAAUUUAUGUGUGAUUCUAUGUGUGUUAUUGGAUAGUGCAUAUACUGUAUUUGUUGUUAUCACAAACUACGCAGAUAAGCAUUAUCAUGGCACAAAUCAUUUUAAUCUCAAUUUUAUGAAUUAAGUGUGAAGCUGUACUUAAAGUGGGUACUACCUAUCUACUUUCUUGCUACAACAAUGUAUUAAGGAGCAAAUACAUUUUAAUUGCUAUUAUGUGUGUUCCUCUGGAAUCAGAAUAUAAUGUUUAAAGAAUUCCAUAGAGGAACAAGAUAAUUGUUUAUGAGGCAGGCUUGUUAACAAACUUGGUGUCGAUAAGAGGUGGGUAGGUGUCAAGAAGGUGGGUGUCGACAAGAAGUGGGUAUCAAGAAGGGGUGGGAGAUCAUAAAUAUAUAUAAAUUAUUUAGUUUUUUUAAUAACAGAAAGUUUGAUGUGGUUUUAAUUUAUUUUCUGCCAAUGAGAAGAUUGCCCACUUAUUUGAUUAGAUUCCAGUGAAAUACUAAUAACAGGCAUGACAGUGUUUUAUUGAUUUUCUUGGCGUUCUAUAAAUAUAUUCAAAACCUAUUGACAAAGAAAAAGUUAAUGUUUUUUUUCAUAUUUUUUUUUUCAUAUGUAUGUUUUUUUUUACGUUGAAAAGGAGGUACGGUAUUGAUUAAUGAUAGACUUUUAUGUCUUCAGUUUAGAAUUAAAGUAUCUUUAGAAUUGUA